AUGUCAGAAGCAUACAAUUCUAGGUAUUCUAUUCACCCAGGUUCCCCAAAGAUGUAUCAUUCUCUUAAGGAGAUUUAUUGGUGGAACGAUAUGAAAAAGAAUGUAGCAAAUUUUGUGGCUAUGUGUCCGAAUUGUCAGCAGGUGAAAGCCGAACACCAGAGGCCUGGUGGUUUGGCUCAGAAUCGUGGUGCUCAGUUCACAAUGAAAUUUUGGAAAUCCUUUCAGAAAGGAUUGGGCACAAAAGUGAACCGCAACACAGCUUUUCAUCCUCAGAUAGAUAGCCAGGCAGAGCGCACCAUUCAAACUCUUGAGGAUAUGGAUAAGGCGUGUGUUAUCGAUUUUAAAGUUGGCGAAGCGGAGUUUAUAGGACCUGAUUUGGUCUAUCAGGCUAUGGAGAAAGUCAACUUAAUUAAAGAGCAUCUGAAGAUGGCUCAGAGUCACCAAAAGUCCUAUUCGGAUGUGCAACGUAGAUACUUAGAGUUCCAAGUUGAUGAUUGGGUAUUUCUGAAAGUUUCACGUAUGAAAGGCGUUAUGAGAUUUGGGAAGAAGGGGAAGCUUAGUCCCAUAUAUAUUAGGACAUAUAGAAUCCUGCGAAGGAUCGGGCACGUGUCUUAUGAGUUAGUAUUGCCACAAGAAUUAGCUUCUGUACACCCAAUAUUUCAUAUGUCUAUGUUGAAGAAAUUCACGGGAGACCCGUCUCUUGUGGUUCCUACAAAGAUUAUAGGGGUUAAAGAUAGCCUGACUUACGACGAAAUUCCAGUGGCUAUUCUUGAUCGUCAAAUAUGCAAGCUCGGAACUAAAGAAAUUGCUUCAGUGAAAGUGCUUUAG